AUGAACGGUAAUUUGAGGUGCUUCGUGAUAAGUCUCCUAGUCUUUAACGUCCUCUGCGCUGAUUUACUGGAUACCAGCAGGUAUUUCGCCACCAGGAAAAAACGCGCUUUGAUAUGGAGCGACUACGGAGUCAGUUGGGUGCAAUUUAUUUUUGGUUUGGGUUUACCUGUGGAAGUGGAAAAGAACGCCAUAACGAUGGGUUAUGUAUUCAAAGCUUUCUAUACACUUCCUACGAAUGCUAGCGACUAUCUAUCGCCUAGUAUAGACAUUCAAAGGAAUAAGCGGGCCACCUCGAGGUGGAUGUUUUACGAAGUACUAGAGAGUCUUUUAGCUAGAUUUAAUAACGGGGAUGGUAAGUCUUGCCUAUUGAAGAUCAUAUGUGAGGUAGCAGAGUCUCCGUUUGAACACAAAGCUGGAAUUUUAUCGGAAAUUGUCACGGCUGUAUUAAAACCGUCAAUAACUGAUGAGGAAUUCCACCAUCCUACAAACAUGGAUUACCAUGCUGCUGAACAAUUGGGGACAACUGAAGGAAACUGCGAUAGUUACUAUCCAGAAUGUAAAAUGAACAUACUCGAACAAUAUUCUAGGAUUUUAAUAUAA